AUGGCUGAUGCCAAUUCUUCGAAUCGCUCGGUGAGCCCGCCGCCUAGGUGGACAAUGGACCCGAAAAUGCUUGACUAUGAGAAUGAGUGGGCUGCGGAAAGCGGCUUUGGAUACGCUCUUGCUGCCCAAUAUGGUCUUAAAAACUGCACUCCAAUCAUGUGUGAGACGAGUCGUUCCCAUGAUAGCGGAUUGAUAUUCGAGAGUGAAGGGAAGUUCUAUUACCAUGACCAGUUAACACCGGGUCUCUAUGUUGUUUACAUUCGUCCGGAAACCUUGGAAGACAUUAUCGCUGUGAUGAAGGGUGAGAAGAAGGGUCGGAUUGUCAGGAAAGAGGUCAUGGCUCAAUAUGAGAGAUUCUCCGUUGCCCAGGUAUAUGACGCGAAGGACUUCACUGAGGCGAGUGACGACUCUGACUCCGACUCCGACCCCGACGUUGAGACCGAUUAUGAAGAACUGAAGGCAAAGAUCGAAUGCGUUAUUGUUGGGAACGAAACACAAGAAAGCCCGAAGUACACUAAGAACGAUCCGCCUGAACUGGAGUUAUCCUCUCUAUACUGUAACAAAAUGGAUAUUGAUAAAGUUCUUCCGGUUCUGCCUCUGUCUCUAGAACGGAAAGAAUGGGCGGAGGCUUCUGGGUAUCGGCAAGCUAAGCACUCUUGGACAGGACAGGCUGAAUGGCUGGUUGAUUAUCACAAGAAGAAGGAAUUGGAAACGUUGGGCGUUGACAGAAAGGUGCCCAAGGGCGAGGGAGCAGCUGGAGAGCGGAGCAAGAAAUAA